AUGAUCAAGGGAAAUAUCAUAAAAUCAAUCACUUUGUCCAAUUUUAUGUGUCAUACAAAUUUGAAGCUAACAUUCAACUCUCCGAUCACUGUGAUCGGUGGCUUCAACGGAAGUGGUAAAUCAGCAAUCAUGAUCGCAAUCGGCAUAGUGCUCGGUCAGCGUACCAACGCGUUGGAUAGAGGAGCAUCAGCGAAGUCUCUGAUCCAAAAUGGAAAAAACUGCGCAAAAAUACAGUUAGAGCUGUCGAAUGCCCAGCAUCAGUUUAACUAUGGUUUUUUCGGCGGUUCAAUUAUCCUAGAGAAGGUUAUAAAGCGAGACGGUGCACAUUCAACACGUGUAAAAAAUGACAGUGGGAGGAUUUUUAGCUCGAAAAAAGAGGACAUCGACUUCAUAACAGAUUAUUUUCAGCUACACAUUGAUAACCCACUGAACUUUCUCACACAGGAAAACAGCAAAAAGUUUUUGAAGAUAACCAAAGCCGAAAAUUUGUAUUCUUUAUUCUUGCAGGGAACUGAGCUGGAUGAUGUGGCUGAGCUGCACGAGGAGGCAAACAGGAAGACAACAGAAAUGAAGACUAAGUUGGAUCUUUUGAACGAAGAGCUCGUGGAGGUUGAUGCCAGAAGAAGGAAGAAAAGGAAUGAUCUGGAUAUUGUAUUGGAUGGAAGUAAGGUUGACGAAAGAAUUUUAGAGCUAAAGAACGAAAUUGAAUGGUCGAAGUUAAAAGGAACACUGGACGAAAUUCGGGCUAAAAAAGAAGAUACGGAUGCUUUAUCGAGGGAGGUUAAAGAGUUGGACGAUCAAAUCAACCAGAAUUCUCUAUCAAUAGAUGAAAUGAAGAAAGAAGAGAUUGAGAAAGAGCGCGAGGUGAAACGCAUUAGAACAGAAAUUAGUGAAAGGAGAAAAAUGCUGGAGGAGGCUAUGAGGAACUAUGAAUUAGAGGAGAGAGAAAUGAAAAAUGAUCUAGAGGAACUUACGCGAAACUGCAAUGAAAAAGCACAACGCCUCCAGAAUCUGAAACGGUUGGGCGGUGUCGAUAAAUUAGCAGAAAAAAAAGCACUUCUUGAACGAAAGCUAGAGAUGGAAGAAAAGUAUAGCAAUAAGUUAGAAACGCUCUCUCAGAAAAUGGUAGAGGAGAACGAGAAGUCGAGUACAAAUAAGGCGAAGUUGGUUCAGCUCAGACAGACAGAACUAAAUCUUAGCAAACAAAUAGAGUUUUUGAGAAAAAUUGAGAACAACAAGCUCCUCUUCUUCCACACUAAGAUAAAUGAGAUUCUUAAAGAGAUCGAAUCGUGUAAAUUUAAUGACGAGGUGAUUGGUCCGAUUGGCAGUUACGUUACACUAAAGGAUUUCAAAUGGAAUAAGGCAAUUUCAAUAAUCCUGAGGUACACGCUAAGUAAUUUUAUUGUUUUCUGUAAAGAAGAUAAAAGUAGGCUAAAAAGGAUAUUCAACAAGUAUGAUGCUAACUUUACGAUACUGAUACCGUCAACUCGCAAUAAUGCUCUUAUCAAGUAUGAAAAAAGAGUAGAUUACAAAGUUGCGAUCGAUGUUAUCGAGAUAACUCAUCCCAGAAAGAACGUAAUUUUGAAUCAACUCAUUAUUAUGAAUUCGUUGGAGAGCAUAAUACUUGUAGAUGACAGAUCAGUUGCCUAUUCAAUCUUGAGAAAAGAAAACAGCAAAAAGCACAGGUAUCCGAUCACCAUCGCAUACACAGAGGACGGUGAUAAGAUAAAGAUGGUGAACAAUUCACUAUCAGACUUUAGACCACGUGUCUUAUCGUUUUACUUUGAGAAAAACCUGUCAAAACUAAAAAAUCUCGAGACCGAACACGAAAAUGUGCGGGAGCAAAUGGACAAGUUGGGUCAAGCCGAUAAAACGAUUGAUCUACACAAACAGAUUAAUGAAUUGAGCCAGUCAAUGGCAGAAAAUAGGAAGCAUAUUUCCGAUUUACGUUUAGAAACUGCUGUUAACAUGAACGAUGACAUUGAGGAAGAAAUAAAAACAGCACAUAUGGCGAUUGAAAGUUUAAAAAUACAGAGAGAGGAACUAGAAGAUAAUCUUAGAAAGAUCGGCAAUUCAAAAACGAGGGCAUACCGUGAAAUAAAGGAAAGUACGGAUGUGGAUAUACCAGUGGUCGAUCCCAAUGUAUCUGGGAAGAUACAAAGACUAUACAUCGAUAAUAACAUAUUGGAAAAGAAAAUACACAACAUUCAGAUAAAAAUGAACAGAAAACAGGCCGAGAUUACGUCUUCAAUGGGAUUAUACGAGAUGAAGUACAACGAAUUAAAGAAAAAGACAGAGGAAAUAGGCGAGCCUAGGACCGAAUCUUUUCUUCACGCGAAAAUAGCGGAAUGUGAAUUGAAGAAGGACAUUUGUCAGAAAUUGGAGAGCGAGGAGACACUAAAAAGCGACUUAAAUGAGUUGAACGAGAUGUAUGAACACAAGAAAAAAAUAAUAACUAGCUACGAGUCAAAGGUAUCCAGCACCUUGGAGAACAUUAAAAAGAGAAUACAAAAAAGGGAGCAUCUUAAACUGGAGGUAAGCAACAAGAUAGCACGAAAAUUUGAGGAAUUAACUGCCAAACGAAACUACGAGGGCAUUUUAAACUUUGAUCAUAAGGAAAAGCAGCUUGAGCUGAAAAUGAAAGUGAACAUAAGAGCCGGUAACAAAUCUACGCUUUCUGGUGGUGAACGCUCGUUCGCAGCAAUGUGCUUGAUUCUGGCGAUGUGGCCGUUUAUAUCAUGUCCUGUGAAAAUUCUGGAUGAGUUCGACGUGUUCAUGGAUAACCUUAACAGAGACACUAUUUUGCAGGAACUUAUUGAAAUAUUUAAAGAAAGCGAACUGCAAAUAGUACUAAUUACUCCGUUGUCGGUGAAAGUUGAAUCAGUAGACUUUAUAAUGCUGGAGCAUCCCAACAGAAAAUAGUAUAUAUCGUAGUUUAAUAAAUUGUUA